AUGUCCAGCCCGAAAGAUGAGGGGUCUGGAGUCCCCGCUAGCAGUCGAGGGUCCUGGUCCUCCUUUUUAAAGUCAAUCGCUUCUUUUAACGGCGACCUCUCCUCCCUGACCGCGCCCCCUUUCAUCCUCUCCUCCACCUCCCUCGUCGAAUACUCCGCGUACUGGGCCGAACAUCCAAAGAUCUUUAUUGCCCCGGCCAAAGAACCCGAUCCCGAAAAGCGGGCACUUCUGGUGUUAAAAUGGUUCCUUAGCACCCUCCAUCAGCAAUAUUGCACCCGCAGCGAGAAGUUGGGCAGCGAAAAGAAGCCGCUGAACCCGUUCUUGGGCGAGCUCUUUCUAGGCCGCUGGCAGGAUGAUGGCGAUGUGGGAGAGACACGGCUUGUUAGCGAGCAAGUAAGCCAUCACCCGCCGGUAACGGGUUAUGAAAUUGAGAAUGAGAAGCAUGGUGUGCAGCUCCAAGGAUACAACGCCCAAAAAGCUUCCUUCUCGAGCACUAUAAACGUGAAGCAAAUAGGUCAUGCCAUAUACUCCCUUACCCCGCAACCCACCGCAGACAACCCAUCCCCAAAACGAGAAACAUAUCUCAUAACCCUCCCUUCACUACACAUCGAAUCCCUAAUCUACGGAACCCCCUUCGUUGAGCUCAACAGAUACACUCAGAUAGUCAGCUCAACCGGCUACGUCUCCAAGAUCGAAUACUCCGGCAAAGGCUGGUUGAGCGGCAAAAAGAACUCCUUCAGCGCCAUCGUAUACCACGAGAACGAUGGAGAGAAGAAACCCCUUUACACAGCCGAAGGCCAAUGGUCCAACACCUUCGUCAUCAAAGCCGUCAAGGGCAAAAAGCAAGAAAUCAUAGACAAAUACUGCGCCAAGACAGAAAAGACUACCCCACUCACCCUCGCCCCGCUGGAAGAACAAGACCUGUACGAAUCACGGCGGGCGUGGAAGGACGUCGCCGCCGCCAUUGCCCGGGGGGAUAUGGACGCCACCUCCGUCGCGAAAUCAAAGAUCGAGGUCGCCCAGCGCCAGCUGCGCAAGCUCGAGCGCGAAGAGGGCCGCGAGUGGGAAAGACGGUUCUUCAAGUGCAUCGAGCCCAGUGAGGACGAUGAGGAGUUCCUCAAGUUGGCAGAGAAGCUGGGCUGGGCGGAUUCGAAGGGGAAUAAUAAUGCCGGCCUCGAGUGUGAUAAGACGGGUGGUGUGUGGAGGUUUGUGCCUGAGGCGGCCAAGGGGGCGGUCCCGCCGUACCAUAAGGAUGGGGGACGGGGCCUGGGGUUGGUGGCGGAUGAUGCCGCUACGGAGGGGGUUGAGGAGGUAGAGGUGAAGGAAGGUGAUUGA